AUGGCCGCAAUGUUAAAUUCCGAGCAAAGAGCUGCUUUUAAUGUCAUCAUGAAGGCACUAGAUGAAGGAGCAAAUCCAAGAUUAUUUUUCAUUGAUGGCCCAGGUGGGAGUGGGAAAACAUACUUAUACACAACUUUAAUAAGUACCUUACGAGGAAGAUCUGAAACUGCGCGCGCCUGUGCUUCUACUGGCAUUGAUGCUAAUUUGCUUCCAAGUGGACGAACAUAUUCAAUGUUUCACUUAGGAAUAAAUAUUUUAGACACAACAGUUUCCGCUAUUACGCCUCGCUCAAAAGUGGCAAAAUCCCUCAGAGAAUCUAAAUUAGUUGUGUGGGAUGAAUCCACUAUGGCAUCUUCACACGCAUUAAAUUCAGUGGAUAGAUUGAUUCGGGAUAUAAAUUCCAGUACGCCCUUUCCUUUUGGCGGUAAAGUGUUUGUCCUUGGAGGAGACUUCAGGCAAACAUUGCCGAUUGUACCUCAUGGCACCAGAACAGCCAUUGUUGAAGCCUGUAUAAAGUAUAGCAAAACCUGGAAGAACUUCCAUACUUUGAAAUUGAUCAAGAACAACCGAUCAGUUGAAAGAGAAUUCAGUGAUUGGUUAUUAAAACUUGGAGAAGGAACGCUAACUAAUGAUAUUGGCCUAGAUGAAGAACUAAUAGAAAUACCACCAAGCAUGCUGUGCAAAGGUGACAUAGUAAAGGAGAUCUUUGAGGAUAAACUUCAUGUAGCAGAUAUCCCCAACUUUGUGAAUAAGUUUAUACUAACUCCAAUCAACAAAGUUUGUAAUGAACUAAAUGAGAAGAUACUGAAUUUAUUAGAUGGUGAAUGUGUUACAUACUAA